GAAGUCUCCCCAGUGAGGAAGCUUCCCCAUCGCAAAGCUGCUAGACGUGCGGGCAGUCUCAGCUGGCCACUGGGAGUCGCCAACACCCUCUCUUGGGCUCCAGGGCCGCAAUCACUACCGGGGAUCUCCAGCAAGUCUUCCGGACCCACGCGUAGAGGAGGUGGUGCCACCGCGCGCAAACCUGGCGCGGUCGUGACGUCAGGACUACGCUAGAUUGGCAAUUGGCUGGAGGCAUGUGGCGCGGACGGGUACUGGCGCGAGGGAUUGGAUCAGCUCUUAAGGGGCGGGGUCUGGAGGCGGAGCAUGCUGCGGAGAGCGUUGAAGUACGGCGCUCCGCACAGCUUCUCGACACUCCUGUCUGGAAUCGCUGUGUUCUAGGUCAGAUCAAACAUUCUGUCACAAUGCCUGAAAUCAAUACCAGCAAUCUUGAUGAAAAACAGGUUCAGCUUCUAGCAGAGAUGUGUAUUCUUAUUGAUGAAAAUGACAAUAAAAUUGGGGCUGACACCAAGAAAAAUUGUCACCUGAAUGAAAACAUUGACAAAGGACUAAUACAUCGAGCUUUCAGUGUCUUCUUGUUUAAUACUGAAAACAAGCUCCUGUUACAGCAGAGAUCGGAUGCUAAAAUUACCUUUCCAGGUUGUUUCACCAAUAGUUGCUGUAGUCAUCCAUUAAAUAACCCCGGGGAGCUGGAAGAAAACGAUGCCAUGGGUGUCAAACGAGCAGCACAGAGGCGCUUAAAGGCCGAGCUGGGGAUACCCUUGGAAGAGGUCGAUCUAAAUGAAAUGAAUUAUCUAACAAGAAUUUACUACAAGGCCCAAUCUGAUGGUAUCUGGGGUGAACAUGAAAUUGAUUACAUUUUGUUCCUGAGGAAGAAUGUAACCUUGAAUCCGGAUCCCAACGAGAUUAAAAGCUAUUGCUAUGUAUCAAAGGAAGAGCUCAAAGAAAUUUUGAAGAAGGCAGCCAGGGGUGAAAUUAAGUUAACUCCAUGGUUUAAGAUUAUUGCAGACGCUUUUCUCUUUAAAUGGUGGGAUAACUUAAACCAAUUGAGUCCUUUUGUUGACCAUGAGAAAAUACAUAGAAUGUGAAUGUGUAAAUGAUUUGAGAUUUUUUUUUCUACCUACUAAGAAUGGUUUGAUUUUGUUUUAAAUUGGGCUCCCUUGUAUGAUACAUAGAUAUUUUACAACCAGAAUUUGUUUUGAGAAAAGAAAAAAAAAAAAAAAAAAAGAAAAAUUCAACUAUCUUACAGUUACAUAUAUAUAUGUAUAUACAUAUAUAUAUGAUGCUUGUAAAAGAUAUUUAGGAGAGGUUAUUAUGAAAUUAUGCCAUAAGGAAAACUUAAUUUAGCCUGUACAAAUACCUGGCUAUGACAAGAUUAAAGGAAUAAGUAGAACUCCUCAUGUUUUACUUUCUGACACUUUCAGAACACUUUGCUAAUUGCCAAGUGUUUUUUUAUAUCAUUAGAUUUUUAUCAUAGAAAAUUGAACAGAGGACACUGCUUAGCUGCUUUGAAACAGCACUAAGAGAUUAAACGAACUUGGGGUACAGCUCAGUGAUACCAUGAUUGCCUUGCAGGCAUGAUGUCAUGGGUUGUCAAGUCCCUAAUCCUAAAGAUAAUUGUAACAACAAUAAUAACAGAGAGCAGGUUCAGAGGAAAGCAAGUGGCUCCCUCAACCUUCACACAGGAUGAUGAAUUUCAGGAACUCCUGUAUAACCAAUAUUCUGGAUGCUCAAGCCUAUAGAAAAUGAUAGAACUUAUAAACAUCUUCCCCACAUUUCAUCUCUGGCAUGGUCGUAGCACUGAAUUCAGUGUAAAUGCUAAUGUAAAUGAUUGUUGUACUAUGCUUUAUGAUAAGGAGAAAUCUGUAUGUGUGGUACAAAUCAAAUAUUAAUAUACAAUUGCUUUGAACCCUUGGGUGUUUGACCCACACAUUUGAAAGGUCAGUUCUGUAUACUAAUUUUUGUCAUUCUCAGUUGAUUUUGUGCUUUAACCAUCCUGAAAUUAUUUUACUAUUUAAAGAUGACUGUUACAUUUGGUAGUCUUGGUAACUGAUUAGCUAUUCUGCAAUCUGUUUACAAUCAGAGUGAAAAAGAUGGGUUAAUCUUAAGAUGAGAGUGAGCUAUGCUUUAAACAGUUGAGAAAACCUUUGGCACUACCACCACUGGCCUGGCUUGUCUUUGGGUCUGGCCUGUGUCGAAUGAUUAGUAGCAUUCGCACCCCUUUGUUAAGACAACCAAAAACAAGAAAAACUGGGGAAGUGGGAGGGGUGUUUUGAGACAGGGUUUCUUUCCCUGUGUAGCCCUGGCUAUUCUAGAACGCAGUCUGUAGACCAGGCUAGCCUCAGAACUUAGAGAUCCAUCUAUCUGCUAAGUGUUGGGAUUAAAGAUGUGUACCACAUGCCCAGCAACAACCAGAAUUUUAAUGGGUGAUACCAAGGGUCCCAUAAUGGGCUCACUGCACCAUAAUCAGGGCUUAAUUUAGAGGUGGAAGUGGGAGGGAGUGGCAAUGAGGGAUGUUCGGAAUAGGCACAUGCUAAGAUUUGAUGUUAUAGAAUAGGGAUAUACUGAUAUGUGUUUUCACUAAUCUUUUUAAAACUUUCCACAGGUGUGUCAAAUUUGAGCUCUUCAGACAGCUUUAUUCUUAAAUGGUGCAUAAUAAUUUUUUUUCUUACAAAAAUUUUGUAAAUCUAAUUUCUUGGUAACUCAGAACAGUUGAUUUAUCAUUGGGGAUAUGACUAUGUAGCAAGUAUUUAUUGAAAAUUAAAAAUAAAUUAUUUUAAUAUUGUCUGGCUUGUUAAUAUCUGG